CCCAGCCAGAGACCUAGAGCCGCAGCAGCUCUAGACCUUCCAGCAACCUGCCCAGAGAUCCACGUGGAGAAAAUCCUUCAUGCCACAUGUUUUCCGUGAGCCCUAAGACCACAGCUGUCCACAGUGUCAUCUGAGAUCCUGAGAGUCACACACAGUUAUGGGAGAUUCUCCAGCCGACACCACUGAUGAAGGUGCAGACACAUGCUGCAAAGACACUCAGACUGACCUGGCAGAGAGAGUAGCAGCCAUAGAUGUUGCUGUUGGGCCUAAUAUAGAUGACCAAAAUGUUCAAGAAGCAAUAGAAGAGAAUGACACAGUCUUUUCUGACAGUGUAGCAGACAUGCAGAGGAAUGGGAUCCAUAGUGACAUGGUAACAAAUGAAUCUUUACCUUCACAAGACCCAGAGGAUGUUAAUCAGAUGAAUGUUCCAAAGAAAGCUCCCACUAGGCCUGUUCUAUCCAGCAGAAAGUUGUCUCUUCAAGAAAGACCUACAGGAAGCUACCUGGCUUCUACCAAUGCUCCAGGCUAUGGUCCUUAUGCAACGGGACCUUUAACACAUAUCUCGCCACGUAUAGUGAGGAGACCAACGAUAGAGUCCAACCGGAUCGCCAUCUCAGAUUCUGAGGACUGUGUGCAAUUAAACCAAUACAAGUUGCAAAGUGAAAUUGGCAAGGGCUCCUAUGGUGUUGUGAAACUGGCCUACAAUGAGAGUGACGACAAGUAUUACGCUAUGAAAGUCCUCUCCAAAAAGAAGCUACUGAAACAGUAUGGAUUUCCACGUCGACCUCCCCCUAGAGGAUCCAAAGCAACUUCUGGUGGGCAGCCGAAACCAAUGGCACCACUGGAUAGAGUUUAUCAAGAAAUAGCCAUCUUAAAGAAACUGGACCAUAUCAACAUUGUGAAGCUGAUUGAGGUACUGGAUGAUUCUGCAGAGGACAAUCUGUACAUGGUGUUUGACCUUCUGCGUAAGGGUCCUGUCAUGGAGGUGCCAACUGACCAGCCAUUCACUGAAGAGCAGGCUCGGCUCUACUUUAAGGACAUUGUCUUGGGCAUAGAGUACUUGCACUAUCAGAAGAUCAUUCAUCGGGACAUCAAGCCUUCCAACUUGCUCUUGGGAGACGAUGGGCAUGUCAAAAUAGCUGAUUUUGGAGUCAGUAAUCAGUUUGAAGGGAAUGAUGCCCAGCUUUCCAGUACUGCCGGGACACCAGCCUUCAUGGCUCCAGAGGCAAUUUCAGAUUCUGGCAAAAGCUUCAGUGGAAAGGCACUUGAUGUAUGGGCCAUGGGAAUUACUUUGUAUUGCUUUGUAUAUGGGAAGUGCCCUUUUAUAGAUGAAUACAUUCUGUCUCUCCAUAACAAGAUCAAGAACAAGGCGGUGGAGUUCCCAGAUGAAAUCAAACCAACCCCAAUACAAUCCCCAGAGCACCAGCCCUGUCCAACACCCAUCUCACAGACAAGAGAAGAAAGGUGGGCCUUGCAGCAUGUCCUGAAUGCAGAAAAACUCUGGCUGUUGUGAACCUUAGGAGGAAGAAUAUUCCAAAGGUUUGGAGUGAAUGGAGAAUGCUCUGGAAUCUGCCCUCUCGGUUAUAGCCAAGGGGCUUCAGCUCGGGUGCCUCCGCUAACCAGAGUGUGGUACUACGUGCAAUGUUCACAAAUUCUGCUGAAGAAAGAUAUUUAUUCAAAUCCAAAUCCAGCAGUUCAGUAGCCUCAUCACUUAUGAUAAGCUAAUAGCGUUAGCAUGAAGUGAGUGGUUUUAGUGAAUAGCUGUAAUACAGUGAUGGAGGCUACCAGUACAUGGUGCCAUGAUUUCCAUGAGGAUUGUGUAUAGAGAAGGGAACUCUAGAAGAAAUGGAGGGAUAAUCAGAAGGCAGCUGCUGGAAGUAUAUAUGGCUGCAAUCUAUCUGUGAAACCUGCCGCUGUAGCAGAAUUCUUCAUCUCAAUCCUUGUAGUCUACUGGAGUGCUGAAGGGUUAAGAUAUUCUACUAACAUGGCCUGCUAAAAAGGCAUGAUAAAUAGAGACACACCAGAGAUACAGUAGGCUUACCAAGUGUUUAGAAACUGCAGUCUGCCUCUUUGGCAGUGCCCAGAAAGUAUCACAAGCCCUGGCAUCCCUAAUGGUUUUCAUAGUCCCUUUUUAUCACAACUUAAGAUCAAGGACUCUGUGACCAAUGAACCUAACACUUAAUGCAACUAAAUAGUAGUAAGGGAAAAUAAAUUGACUUAAGACUAUAUUAAAGAAGUCAAUAGUUCGAGAGGCUGGAAGAACAGAGAAACCCAUGGAAGCCACAUCCAGCAGGAUAAUAGUAUCAGUCUAGAGGAAUGUUUUCCAAGCUGGGACUUUCACCCUGCAGUAGUGGGUGGGCCACAAAUGUUCUGUUAUGCCCAAUAGUACAGUGAAAUAGUGACAUCUACAGCUGUCCUGUUGUCUGUCCCCUAUAGUAAUAAUGAGAGUAGUUUCAUGCUGUUUGUAACUAUGGGGUUGGGUUUUUCCCCUCAUGGAUGCUCAUCCAAAAAUUUGCUGUACAAAUGAGUCAGUUUAAAAAAUAAAUCGUUAAUAAUAUAUGAGGGAGCUAUCGUGGGAGCUCCUGUGAGAGUCAUGUUGGUACCAGUGAGUGCAGGAUGUUUGGGUAUUUUGUUUCUAGGGGAAGGGCAGAGACAGCAUGAACCCAGAAGGCUCACAAGGAUGAGUCCCAGGGGAUACAUGUGAAGGCUCUGUUCUCUUGACCCACAGAAAUCAGUUGUUCUAUUCCUGUCAGCUUGAACUAGCUAGCUGAAAAGUCUGUCUGCAGAUUUCUUAGACUCCUGGCUUCUAUCAGUAACCCCAUUAUGAUGUAAUAAAAUCAGCCAAAGCAAUACAAAGCAAAGUACUAGGGUAUGUGUGCCAGUGAUGUUUCCAGAGACAGACAUGAGAAGAUCCAAAUGAAUCAUCAAAUCUCAGCUUCCUAGAAUAAAAUAAAAUAUCAAAACCUCUGAUUCUCCCUUAGUUGAAGCAGCGCCCUACCUAAGCUACUGAGAUACUGCCAAGGGACAGAAAGUAUCAUUUCUUUCUUUUCUUCUCCCUUUGCAUGUACUGCAGUGUUGGAAUUGAAAUGAAUGCCAGUUUUACCUCAGAUAAAUAUUAUUUUUAUUAUUAUUUAUUAUUUGUAUUACUGUAGUGCCUAGUUUUGGA